AUGGAGCUAAGGAUAAUUGUUACUGAUCAGGAUCCGGCUAUGAAAGUGGUAAUUCCAAGAGUUUUCAAGCAAGCUAGGCAACGUUAUUGCAUGUGGCACAUUAUGUGCAAAGUUGGGGAAAAUGUUGGUCUUACAUUGAGCAAGAAUGAGGAGUUUAAGAACAAACUAAACUCCAUUGUUUGGACAUCUUCUUUGAAACCUGCUGAUUUUGAGACACAAUGGACACAGCUCAUGGAAAAGUUCAACUUAGUUGAUCACAAUUGGUUUACCCAUAUAUUUGAGGCAAGAAACCGUUGGAUCCCAGCCUAUUUUAGGGAUGUUUUUAUGGGAGGUCUACUUAGGACUACGUCGCGUUCUGAAAGUGAGAACUACACAUAUAGUCAUUUUACGAGCCUGCAAUCUAGUCUAGUUGAAUUUAUGAUGAACUUUGACAGUGCUCUUAAUUCACAGAGUCACACUAAUGCAAAAAACAACAGUGACAAUGAAGGAUACAAUCCAGAUAUGAAGACACCGGUGUUGAGUGUUAGAGGAGAUGCUGGAAUAUUACACUAUGAGAUUAUGGAUGGAAGGGAUAGAAUAUUUAGUGUGGUGCACAAUGUAAAUGAACAAGAGGCUACAUGUAAUUGCAAAAUGUUUGAGAUGGUUGGACUAUUGUGUAGACACAUAUUCGUGGUCUUUAAGGACCUUGAAAAGAUACCUCUGAAGUAUGUGGUUAAUCGAUGGACUAAGGAUGCAUCUUUAAAGGCUACAUUUGAAAUUGAUGGUGUCAUUUAUGAUCAAAAUGGACCCAAGGAUGAAAAGAAGGUGUUGCUGAACAAACUUUGGGUUGAUAUACACUGUUGUAUUGAUCUAGCAAAUUCAAACAUGGAGCAAUUGGCUGCAUUUUUGCAACAUAGCAGGAAGACUGUUAUAGAAUCCUUUUGCGGAUCAACAGAGAUCUCAGAAAUCAAUAUACUUCCACUGAAGCAUGCAAAGAACAAGGGCAGUGGCAAACGUAUCAAAAGCAGCAAGGAGUUGGCAAUGGAAAAAGAAGAAGGUAGGAGGAGGAGAUCAACAUGA